GGUUUGGUAAAAAACUGCCUGUUAGACGCGGCGAAAGCUACGCUUGGUUGGGUUAAGGAGCUCCAGUGGGAAGCCUAGGCGCCGUCCAUAAGACAGUAGCGAAAGCUCUGCAGGUUCGGCAACAGUGGUCUGGUUUUGUAUUUUCGGUACCGCAGGUUCGGCAACCGUGGUCUGGUUUUGUAUUUUCGGUAAUCUGUAUUAUUCGCUAUGUGGAACUUUGUUUGGUUUUUGUUGUUUGGUGCUGGUCUGGACUGUUAUAAAAUGUCACCGAUACCUAAGUCAUCACCGUUAGGGUGUAUUCUGAUGCAUUGGAAAGAGGGGCAGUUUGGGCAAGAAAUGCAAAAAAAGGAAAUUGGUUGAGUAUUGUAAUGUAUGGUGGACACAGUGUGAUUUGGAGGAUCAGGUUCGUUGGCCAGAAAGUGGAACUUUAGACUAUAAUAUCAUCCUACAGUUGAUGCAAUUUUGUAGGCGCGAGGGUAAAUGGGAUGAGAUACCAUAUGUAGAACUGUUCUUUAUUUUAAGAAUUGUUCUUUAUAUUUAAAGAGGAAUGGAAGAAGGCAUGUGGAAUAAUGGUCGUUAAUACAAAAUCGGAUGAGCAGUGUAAGGGAUGUGUGACUGAGAAGAAAUGUAUGAAAUGUCUGGCAGUGGAAAAUGCUUUGCAGCAUAAGGAGGAUGAUGAUUUUGAUUUAUUAGUGGCUCCGUCGGCCCCACCAGCCCCCAGAGAUACUGGAGUAGAAGGUGAUGGGGAGGAUGAGGUAGAAAUAGAGGAUCGGGAAAAGAUGAACCCCUAGUGAAAGUGAGGUUAGGGGGAAAAGAAGUGCAAUUUUUAGUAGAUACUGGUGCAACACACUCAGUUUUAAAUGAUUUACGUGGACAGAUAGGGAAAGACUGCUACAAUAGUGGGAGCCACAGGGAAAGAGGAAACCUGGCCAUUCAUGCAACCCCUGGAAUUACGAUUUGGAGGAAAGGAAAUAUGGCAUGAAUUCUUGUAUAUGCCUGAUUGUCCAAUCUCCCUGCUGGAUGGGAUUUUUUUUUUUUUUUUCUUUUUUUUUUAUCUAAAUUAAAUGCAAGAAUUGUCUUUGAGGAUGGAGAAUUAAUUAUGCAAGUUCCAGAAUCAAAGUCAGGACAGAUACUAGUGUUGAAGGAAAAUCCAAAAGUUCAAUUACCCAGAGAGGUAGAAGAGGCAGUGAUCCCUACAGUAUGGGAAACUGAUAUACCAGGGAAAUAAAAAAUGGCCCAACCAGUAGUAGUAGAAUCGAAGGAAGGAACGAAACCAGUAUGAAUAAAACAAUAUCCCAUAAAAUUAGAGGCCCGAUAUGGAAUAGUGAAAAUUAUUGAAAAGUUCUUAAAGUCUGGAAUAUUAGAAGAAUGCGAAUCAGAAUAUAAUACCCCAAUUUUUCCAGUAAAGAAACCAAAUGGAGAAUAUACAUUGGUACAGGACUUAAGGGCUAUUAAUGAAAUCACGAAAGAUAUACAUCUGGUAGUAGCUAAUCCAUACACAUUGUUAACAUCUGUGAAGGAGAAAUACAAAUGGUUUACAGUAAUUGAUUUAAAAGAUGCCUUCUUCUGUAUUCCUCUCAACAAAGAUAGUAGGAAAUUCUUCGCUUUUGAAUGGGAGAACACGCACAAUGGACGAAAAAUGCAGUUGACAUGGACAAGGCUUCCACAAGGAUUCAAGAAUAGUCCAACACUUUUUGGGAACCAGCUGGCAAAAGGAUUGGAAUCAUGGACAAUGCAGGAGAAAGUUCAGCAGCCUUCUUAGGAGCACCUGUGGAAGAUGGCCCUUUGGAACAUGAUUGUGUGGAAGUUAUCGAACACACUCAUGCAACAAGGGCUGACCUGAAGGACACCCCACUUGAACAGCCUGAUCAAGAACUUUUUACAGAUGGAAGUAGUUAUGUAGAAAACGGGACACGAUAUGCCGGGUAUGCGGUAACCACACAAAAAGGGGUAAUAAAAGCAGAGGCUCUUCCUGUAGGAACUUCAGCACAGCGAGCAGAAAUAAUAGCUCUCACGAGAGCCUUGGAAUUGAGCAGGGAUCAGCGAGUAAAUAUAUGGACAGACUCAAAAUAUGCAUUUGGAGUGGUUCAUAUACAUGGAGCACUAUGGAAAGAACAAGGACUCCUAUCUUUGCAAGGUACGAACAUAAAAUACCAAAAAGAAAUUCUGAAUUUGAUAACUGCUGUACAGUUACCCAAACAGGUGGCGAUCAUGCACUGUAAAGCACAUCAAGGAGGAGAUUCCAAAAUAGCUGAAGGAAACGCGUUAGCGGACCGGACAGCUCAACGGAUUGCACGACAGGUAUCAAAUAUGAUGGCCUUAAUACCCACGAAGAACUUUGACGCAGCUGCGGAGUACUCUGGUUUGGAAUCGACCCUUGUCAUUGGAACACCCAGUGCACAAUAUCAAUCCAGGAGACCAGGUUUACGUCCGUGAUUGGGUUGAGGAACCACUGAGAGAACAGUGGAACGGACCGUACCUGGUGCUGCUAACUACCUUUACUGCGGUUAAAGUGAAGGGAAUUGAUUCCUGGAUUCACUACACACGGGUAAAGAAGGUUCCCGGAGAGUGGCAAGCAGAAGUAACUGGACCUACAAAGCUGAAACUUACAUACCAGAAGGAUGUCUAAUUACGUCUAUGGGACGAUCAUAAUAAUAUGGUUUCUGAUGAAUAUGACUUUUUCCACAGGCACCCACCGAAAGAAUAGAAAUGUGAGAUAUGAUCCAGAGCAAAAUGCCAUUCUGUCUUGCAUGGUUCAAAGUCAGAAAGUGGAAGUAACAUCGGGAAAAGGAAUCCAAUUUGACAUUAACAAAGGAUUGGAAAAGAUAAUAGUAUCCCACAGAAAAAGGCGAGAUAUAGAGCCCACUCCAACACCACAGAAAUUUUGUAUGGGCCAAUAGUGAUGGAACGUGGACUACCCAUUUAUCAGUUACGGGGAAGGUUAAAGAAAUCACAUUAGGCUUACCCACCUUAUGCCCAAUUUGGAAACGUUCCCCCUUUAAAGGGAAACUGGAAACUCUACAAAUCAACAGAAUCAAAAGAGAUAUAAAGGAAGAUGAUACAUGGCAGAAGCCCUCUACAGGAGUGAAGGUAGGAUGGGCCCUUGAAUCUCUCUUUGCUGCUCCAGUAGCUACUUACCGAAAUAGAGACAUGAUUUACAAAUUAAUAGGGCAGACUGAAAGGUUAGCUAGAGUUACUAAAAAGGGGUUCAGAGAUUUGAAUAUGCAGCUCCAAGCAAGGACAAAAAUGACUUUGCAGAACAGAAUGGCAUUAGAUAUCUUAUUAUUGAAGGAAAAUGGUGUUUGCGGAUAUUUAAAGGAUCGAGUUGAUCACUGCUGUGUGCAUAUACCGAAUGUAACCAUGGAUAUAGAAUAUGACAUAUCUCAACUCAAGAGAAUUGAACAAGAAGCUGAAGAAGAAAGAAAAGAGAUCGGCCAUAAUUGGAUAGGAGAAUUAUUUAAUGGAUUGGGGAUUCAUUUAGACGGGUGGCUACAAUCACUUUUAGAAACUAUUUGCACACUCUUAUUAGUAUUCCUGGUCAUCUACCUAGUAUACUUAUGUAUCCGUCAAGAAAUCACCCGUAACACUAGCUGGACGCAUAAGAUUAUAGGAGCAGUAACCCGGGAAUACCCACGACGCCUGACCCCGCCACCGAAGUACUACGAGACUACGAGAAUGGAGAACUAAGAUGAAAAACUGAAAAAUGGAAAUACCUUCUUAAUGAAAGAAAGUAUUUCCAAAGGGGGGAAAUGUUGGAAAACUCUAGUUUGUCUUACUAAAAUGUAGUCGAAUAACUAAUAGUUCUAACAAUUCUAUUAAAUAUAGUUAAAAACUAACUACUCCGUUGAAAUUUCGCUUGCUCCAGGGUAUAGUCUCAGGUAUCCUUAUUUGGGAAGGAAUGCUGAUCUUUAUCUAAUGCAAGCAGUAAACUUGCAAAGAAAUAACAGUUUGCAUAAAAAUGUAAAGAAUGCUGAAAAUGUUGCAAGACCUGAUGUGACAAUCACCGAAAUGAAUAUGUAGGUUGCAUCCCUUUUGAAUAUGUAACAGAUUGAGCAACACUUUAAGGAUAAAUGGCGAACGCGAU